AUGGCGAUGGCCACGUCCGCUGUUCCCAAAAGGCUUCAGGAGCACCACCAUUGGGCCGAACCACCACAGCGCCACGCGCACGUGGCAUCCCACCCACCACGGUGCGGUGGCACGACUGCGGUGGUCUUGUCUUCGCUGGCUGCGGCAUGCGGCGGCAGAAACCACUCAAUUCAACGCCUUCUUCGGCGCCAAAGGGCACCAUCUUCCAGCGAGGCCCAGCAAGUGGCUGACGCGAGAGCGAAGCUUCAAAAGGCUGAAGCUGAGAUGGAGGCGAUCAAGAGGAAGGCGGAGGAGGCGGAGGAGGCUGUGAAAGCUGCAACGAUUUGCUUGGAGAAGGCCCAAGAAGAGCAGAAAGCUGCUGCAGAUGCGAUGAAGGCGGCACGCGAAGAAGUGACCCUGGAAGCUUCGUGUGAAGAACCGACGGGUCCCGUCCAGGUGCGGACCACCGUGGUGUCCACACCGGAGGAGGCGGACAUGGUUCUUGAGAAGCUCUUCACCUUGACGGAUCGCUACCACGCCAUCGACACUGAGGUGCGUGGUUGGACACCCGGCACGAGUCCCUACUUGAAAGGAGAGGUCUUUUGCUGGUCCAUCUAUUGUGGUGACGACGUGGACUUUGGCAAUGGCCCCAGGCUUUUCAUCAACAACUUGAAUGAGGAUGGAAGCUUAAAAGGAUUGGUGGAGUACUUCAAGAAGUACUUGGAAGAUCCCAAGAUCUCCAAGGUCUUUCAGAACUAUUCCUUCGAUCGGGCUCAAUUCUUCCGACACGGCUGCCGCGUGGCAGGAUUUGCAGGAGAUACAAUGCAUUUGGCACGCUUGCAGAAUUCCGAUGCAGAGAGCUAUUCCUUGAAGGAGCUGGGGAGGCGCAUCUUGGAUGAAGCAUGGGUGAAGGAAGACCUGCCACGGCUGAUGAGGGAGGGCCAAGCAACGUGUCCCAGUCAACUUCACUUGCACGAGGACUUGAAUAUCCGUGCAUCUUGGGUCGACUACUCCACCUUCGACACUGUCGUGACCUGGAGAGUCCACAAGGAAUUGCGAUACAUGUUGUCAAGGAAGCGCCUUGACCAAGGAAGCCUUGUCGACUUCUACGACAAGUUCUGGCUGCCUUUUGCAGAGGUCUUGGUCCACAUUGAGGAGCGGGGUAUUUGCUUGGACCAAGACUUCCUGCGGGAACAAAUGAAGGUCGCCAUGACGCACUUGAAGGAGGAGGAGGAGGCUUUCCUUGACUUUGUACGCGCCGCAUGGGAAGAGCGAUAUCCUGGUGAUGAGCGGUUGAAAGAAGGGAUCCAGAAGUUCAAUCCGAACAGCAAUCUCCAGAUGAGGCAGUUUCUCUACGGCCAAGAGAUCAAGACCGUUGCCAACUUCUCGGUGGGUGGCUUGGGCUUAGACAAAGUGAAGAUUGGCCGGCAAUUGAAAGACAGCGCCAGCCGUGAGGCUAUCGAGAAGCUGGUGCUUCAGAACCCAGAGGUGGAGGGCUUGAAACACCUCGUGGAGCGGGGCGCCAUCGCCAAGGCCAUGUCAUUCUUGAGCAAGUUCUCCGACGCUACCAUUGCGGACUCCGAUGGUCGUGUGCACACAUCUUUGAAUUUGAUGACCCGAACGGGCCGAUUGUCCUCCUCCAACCCGAACCUACAGCAAAUACCUGCCAUGGACAAGGACUGCUACCAGGUGCGCAGUAGUGUGGUGCCUGCGCCGGGGAAGAGCUUUGUCAUCGCUGAUUAUGGACAGUUGGACUUGAGGGUCCUCGCCCAUACCUCCGGCUGCCCGCAUUUGAUUGAAGCCCUCUCCACAGGAGUGGACCUGCAUUCGCACACCGCGGCUCAAAUGUACCCUCACUUGCAGAAGGCCAUCGACGACGGCGAGAUCUCUUUAGAGGACAGCGACGAGCGGCCGGAUCGGCCGCUCUUGAAGGAUGUUUACUGCAGCGAGCGGCGGGCCGCCAAGACAGUGAACUUCGGCAUCGCCUAUGGGAUUCAGCCGCAGGGAGUAUCUGAUAAGUUGGGUUGCUCCAUCAAAGAGGCAGAGGAAAUGAUCUUCAAGUGGUACAAGGCCUAUCCGAAGGUGAAGACUUGGCAAGAACAAAUCGUCCAAGACGCUGAACGUGGAGAUUUGGCCGUCCGCACCUAUCGCGCGCGUCCCAGGCACUUGGAGGACUUGGGAAAGAAGCCGCCAUACAGGUCGUUUGAGGAGAGAGAGAGGCAAAGUCAAAAAGAACGGCAGACGGAAAGAGACCAGUGGUGGCGAUACAUUCAAGCCAAGCGACAGGCGAUCAACGCUCCGGUGCAAGGCGGCUCCGCAGACCUGGUGGCUGAGGCCAUGGUGAAGGCGGAGAACGACGAAGAGCUGCGAAGCUUGGGCUAUGUCAUGGUGCUUCAGGUUCAUGACGAGUUGAUUUUUGAAGGGCCUGAGGAGCACGCGGAGCAGGCACUCAGCGCUGUGAAGCGGAUUAUGGAGCAUCCGUUCUUGGAUGACUAUCAGUUCAAAGUGCCCCUUGUGGUGGAUGCCAAGGUUGCACCGCUUGGAAUGACAGAGCCGCCACCAGAGCAGUGGCGCAGUCCUGGCAUGAAGCGAAGCAUGCCUAGGGGUGGUGCCGCCAUGGGCCCGGUAGGGGAGAAAGCGAUGCUUUCCGUGAAAGCUCGGGCCUUGUGGCCAUGGGAUGUGAUGCUACCAGGUCAUUUCCGCCGUUUCCGCCUGGUAGCAUCCGAUCUUGAAAUCGUCGAUGAUUUGGCCAGUAUUUGGGGCGGCCAAAAGAGUCUUGUGCCGUGGCGCUCUGCGGCGCCCGGGGCCAUCACCAUGGGCCUGGGCUUCUUGCUUUCAGAUCUGGGUCGGCUAUUGUUUCAUGACCAGGUCUAUGUCAUCGUCCAGGCGAUCUUUUUCCUGCCCAUCUCGCUGGCGAUCUUCGUCGUGGAAUGGUCCCGCGGGAGCCGAAGGGCCCCGCUCCCGAGUGUCUCAAGAAAUGCUGGUGCAGAGCAUCAAAAGCGUGUGGAGAAGGUGGCCUCCGAUGUGAAGCAGCAAUCCAAUGAAGGGCAGCUCUUCACCAGUCGCCCCGACCGUGAGCGAAUCAGCUCGCGGAUUGUGGCUCCACGGAAGCAGAAGAUCGACACCAGCGCGUUGAAGCAUAUCGUUGAGGUGGAUGUGGAGAAGGGCUUCGUGGUGGCCGAGCCGCGCUUGCGCAUGGUGGAAUUGUCCCACUUCUUGCUGUCGCAGGGCUACUCGGUGCCAUGUGUGCCGGAGCUGGAUGAUCUCACGGUGGGUGGGCUCUUGAUGGGCUGCGGUAUCGAGUCGACGUCAUGGAAGUAUGGCAUGUUCAAUGAAAUUUGUGUCGCCUACGAGAUUGUGACGGCCGGCGGAGAGGUGCUCAAAGUCACGGAGGAGAGCGACAAGGAGCUGUUUUACACGUUGCCAUGGAGUCAUGGCACGCAUGGGAUCCUCGUGUCCGCCACCUUACGGAUCAUCCCAGCAAAACCCUACGUCAGGAUUCAGCUGGAGCACUGUCCUGAUCGCACAUCUUUGUGCAAGGCAUUGGAGAGCUCGGUCGCGAGCGGGGACCACGAGUUCGUGGAGGGUUUGGCCUUCAAUCCCACCUUUGCAGUGGUGAUGAAAGGCUCAUAUGUGGACGCACCAGCCGCAGAUGACGAGAUCCUCUCUUUGGGCAAAUGGCAUGAUGCCUGGUUUUUCAAACAGGUCCAGGAGAAGAAGCAAGGCAGGAUCAACGGGCGGACGCGCACAACGGAAUACUUGCAUCGACAUUCUAAGAGCAGCUCUGUCAUACUUGCAGCCAUGGGGCAACACGAUGCUGUUCCGCUGGUUGAUGGGAUGGAUCAAUCCGUUGAACAUUGCCUUGGUGAAAUCAUACCAACCCGAGUGGACCAUGAGAUACUAUUGCAAUGUCAACGUCAUCCAGGACUAUUUGAUUCCCAUCAAGGAGUUGCAGCCGAUGUUGGAUCUCGGAGACGACGCACUAGGCGUGUAUCCCAUAUGGCUUUGCCCAUAUCUCAACAAGCACCACGAGCCUCGAAGCAUCCACCAUCCUCAUUCAGACAAAGAUGA